UUGUAGUAGUUUUCUUUCAUGAAGCCUGUGUGUUUCUGAAAGCUUUUGGUUUCCCUUUGAGAUUAGAGUUCAUGAUGUUGCUGAAAGGGCAGGCAGUGCUGCCUUUGUUUUUAUUACUAUGGCUCUCUGGAAUUAAUUUUCUAAAUGUAGAUGGUGAUUUGUUAGAGAUCUGGAAAGAUGAUCCUAACCCAACAGUAGGAAGCUUAAGCUCUGAAAAUGACUUGGACUUGGAGAAGAAUGAUUCUUUCAUUUCUCCUGUAUUGCCUUAUGAUGAGGUAGUUACAAGUCAGGAGUUUAAGGGUGAUGAUGAAGGCAGUUCAGGUGAUCCAUUGUAUAUGAAUUUUGAAGUACUAGAUGUGGAAGAGGUAGAUGCACCAGUUAAACAGGAUGACCUGAACAUUGGUGUGGUAAACCACAAUUUGAAAGCCAUUAAUGACAAUCAAAAGGGUGUUGCUGCUGUUCCUGUGUUGAAUGUUCUUGUUUCAGAUGGAGCUGAUUUUGAACUGCAGGAGAGUAAGGAGGGCCAGGACAGUGAGCACAGUGGUGCUUGGAGUUUGGGACUGGGGGCCUAUGAAGAGGAGGAGGAGGCUUACCAAUACAAGACUUUAAUGUAUUCUGGCAAUGUGUGUAGUAAAGUAGUUCAGUCCCCUUAUGAAAGCACUUGCGCUGAGGGGUCUAUGUCAGCCCAGUUUUUUGGGUCAAGUGCAGAUCUGAAAGUGAGAGUAAACUCUUCCCUUGUGCUUGUAACAAGACUUGCUCACCAAUGCAAGUACAAAGUGGAAAAGAGAAGUGGGUCAUUCAUUUUUACAACCUACAAUGAUGGCUGCAAUGUGCAGAAAAUGCAUGGCUGUUAUGUCCUAACUCUUACCUGGCAAAAUGCGAAGGUCUCCCUUGCUUGUCCAGUCAGUGUUACUGGUGGCCUUCCACCAGCCGUGCGCUGCAGUGACACCAGCAUGACUGUUGGGCUCCCUUCAGGGUCUCUUGAUGAUCUGAAAGUGAAAGAUCACCUCCACUGGGUUGCUGUGCACAGCAUUGCUAAGAGAUGCCAGUAUGAGUUAUUGAAAGAUGCAUUUGAAAGGAUUUUCUUUACUGUUUCAUAUAAAGGCUGCCAUGUAAAGGAACAGGGGAGCUACCAUGUCCUGACUUUGCAAUAUACUGCACCUGACCACAAGGAAGAGGUAUUGGACAUGAGGUGCCCGAUUUACCAUGGGGAACAAGUUCCUGUCCCACAUUUCACUGUGCCACCAGUGUCUGAACCAAAGGUAUCAUGCCAUGUGUCCACUAUGGAUGUGCUACUGCCUGGUGCCACUCCAGACCAGGUCAAAGUGAAGGAUUACAAUCAGGAGGUGGGAGUACAACAGCUGGCUCAAAGAUGUCACUAUCACUUACUGAGGAGAGGCUAUGAUCUGGUGUUUAGUGCAAGCUAUAAAUCAUGCCAUGUCCGAAUGGAGGGUAAUCAUUACAUCCUGACAGUGGUAUAUAAGGCAAGAUCUGGGCAGCCAGUAGUAGUCCACAUGAAAUGCCCCAGCUCUCACUGGGCUACCACAACUGCACCUGUAGCCACAUCACCCAGGAAGCCUAGUCCUCUUUGCAAAGCCUCCAGCAUGAGUGUUCUGCUACCUCCUGGCUCCCUAGAUCAGGUCAAGGUUCUAGAGUUUCAAAAGAAUGGAUAA